AUGCAGUUCAUCUUCGCACUCGUUACCUUCGCGCUCUCUGUCGCCCGCGCCGGCGCGGUCCCCACGGUUCGGCAGAACAGCGGUCUGAACGAUUUGUUCACUGCCAAGGGCAAGCUCUUCUGGGGUAACAUCGGGGACAGCAACACCCUCAACAUCAACAGUAACACGGACGUCAUCAAGAGCGAGUUCGGGGCGCUCACACCCGAGAACUCGAUGAAGUGGGAGUCAAUUGAACCCACGCAGGGUCAGUUCAGCUUCACCGGAUCCGACGCGCUCGUCGACUUUGCGAACAAAAACUGCUUGCUGGUCCGCGGUCACACCCUCGUCUGGCACUCGCAGCUGCCGGCAUAUGUGUCUGCGAUUACAGACGCCAAGACCUUGACUGCGGCCAUCCAGAGCCACAUCUCGGGCGUCGUUGGUCGCUACUCUGGUCAAUUCUACGGUAAGCCAUUGCUGCCUGUCCUCAACGAAGACGGCUCCCUCCGCUCCUCCGUCUUCUCCAACGUCCUCGGUGACAGCUUCAUCGCCACCGCCUUCGAGAUGGCCCGCGCCGCGGACUCGACCGCAAAGCUCUACAUCAACGACUUCAACCUCGACUCGAACAACGCGAAGGUGCAGGCGAUGGUCAAGCUUGUGAACAAGGUCAAUGGAGGAGGCGUGAAGUUGAUCGACGGCAUUGGGUCGCAGACGCAUUUGCAGGCUGGCGGCUCUGCCGGUGUCGCGGACGCUAUUAGCACGCUCGCGUCGACGGGGUGCGAGGUCGCCAUCACCGAGCUCGACAUCGCCAACGCGCCCGCCGCGGACUACGUCGCUGUCGCUCAGGCGUGCCUCGACGAACCCAAGUGCGUGUCCAUCACCAGCUGGGGUGUGUCGGAUGCGAACUCGUGGCGCGCAAGCGAGAAGCCUCUCCUAUUCGACUCGUCCUUCCAGAAGAAGGCCGCGUACAACUCGCUUGUUCAGCUUUUGUCGUGA